GAUGCAUACCGUGACCUCCCCCGGCUGCUGGCCGUGGCAGAGUCUGGCCAACAAGCUGCCAAUGUCCUGCUGUCGCUAGAUGAGACCUACGCAGACAUCCUGCCUGUCCAGACUAGUGCAGGUGGCACGACAGCAUUUGUAUCUAUCAUGCGGGGCUGUGACAACAUGUGCAGUUACUGCAUUGUGCCCUUCACCCGUGGCCGGGAAAGGAGCCGCCCCAUCGCAUCCAUCCUGCAGGAAGUGAGGAUGCUCUCGGAUCAGGGAGUGAAAGAAGUGACCCUCCUGGGUCAGAACGUCAACAGCUUUCGAGACAUGUCUGAGGUGCAGUUUCAAUCAGCUGCAGCCCCAGGCCUCAGCCGUGGCUUUAGCACAGUCUAUAGAGCCAAGCCAGGAGGUCUGCGCUUUGCACAUCUUCUGGACCACGUGUCCAGGAUUGAUCCAGAAAUGAGGAUCCGUUUCACCUCCCCACACCCCAAGGACUUCCCUGAUGAGGUCCUGCAGCUUAUCCAGGAGCGACACAACAUCUGCAAACAGCUUCACCUCCCAGCCCAGAGUGGAAGCACACGAGUCCUGGAGGCCAUGCGUCGCGGAUACACAAGAGAAGCAUAUUUGGAGCUUGUACACCACGUGCGUGACUCCAUUCCAGGGGUGAGCUUAAGCAGUGAUUUCAUCGCUGGCUUCUGUGGAGAGACAGAAGAAGAUCACCAGCAGACCGUGUCCUUGCUGCGGGAAGUCUGCUACAACAUGGCCUUCCUGUUUGCCUACAGUAUGAGACAGAAGACGCGGGCGUUUCACCGCCUGCAGGACGAUGUGCCCGCAGAGGUAAAGCAGCGGCGGCUGCAGGAGCUCAUCACCGUGUUUCGGGAGGAGGCUGCAAGGGCCAAUGAGGCCAUGGUGGGCCAGUGUCAGCUGGUGCUGGUGGAGGGGCCCAGCAAGCGCUCUGCCUUGGAGCUGUGUGGCAGGAACGAUGGCAACAUCAAGGUGAUCUUCCCUGAUGCCGAGGUGGAGGAUGCUGCGGGCUGCCAGGCUCCGGCCAGGGCCCAGCCAGGGGACUACGUGCUGGUGAAGGUAACCUCUGCCAGCUCCCAGACCCUGAAGGGAGUUCCGCUCCACCGCACAACCCUCUCCAGCUCUGCAGCUUGUCACUGA